AUGGCCAUGGGUUGGCAGUGGAGGAGAAUACGAACUUCAGGUAGCAAUGUUGCUAUUGCUUUUCAAUGUUUAGGUAUGAAGCUGAGGUCAAAGGUGUAAAAAGUUUCAUUUGGGAGCUUGAGGAGAAUGCUGCGAAUGUGUUUUGACACAUUAUAUGUUGUGGUGAUAAAGGGUUUAGCAAUGGGAUUAGGUUUUAUGUUGUCAUAGGCGAUAAGCGGAAUUUUUUUUUGAUUUUAAGAUUUAAGUAUGAAAUUAGGUGUAAAAUUCGGUGAAAUACGUUUUGAGAGGUUGAGAAGGUUGUUAUGAAGGUACUUGAAUAUGCUUUGUUGUUUUAUGUUAAGCAAUCUUUGCGUGAGGAUUAAAUUUUGAUGUUAACAUAGACAUCUGAUGUUGGUUUUUGAAAUUUUGGUGAAAAUACUCUAACUCACGUUUUUAACUAUCUGUUUUUAAUAAAAAUAGUUAAAAGCUAGUCUAUUUUAACUAUUUUAAGAGAUUUUGAGCUUUUAUUUUUUGAAAAAUUUGCAUAAUUUUCAAAAAGCCAUAAAAUUCUUUGACUUAUGCAAAUUUCAGAUGGAGGAAGGGAUGAUAACCAAAAACGUGUCAUUGUCGAUUUUCAGUUGCCAAGUCGAAAAGUGAUCAUUUCAACGUUUUGUUGGUCGGAACUCUAGUCGUCGGACGAAAUUUCGCUCUUUUCUUGACAAUCGACUGGUCGGAAAGACGUUUGUGAGUUGGUUUUUCUUGGUUUUCUUAGCAUUUUUAGGCUUUUUAAUUGUUUUUUGAAGACUUUUUGACCUGUUUUUCAAUUUUCUAUGGACUUUUCGACUUGUUCUUUUAUUUUUCUUUAAUCUUUUAACUUUUCUACGUACUAGUUGACCUAUAUUUUUAUUAUUCUAUAAGCUUUUUUGAUCAGAAUUCGAUAUUCUUUUAGAUCAACCCUGAAAAUGACCGUGCAAAAGCGACGUAAUGUACAAGUUUUGCCGUCGGAAGAGCUGGACCUCAACGAUUUGACCGAAUCCGUAUCUGAGUCUUGUUCCGAAGCUUCAUCAGCAACCGAAACUCAAGAUUACAGCCCUGAAGCUGAUGAGCUUUUCGAGCGUGCCACGAUUCAACCGAAGAUUACGGAUGUCUUGAAGCAAUUGUUUGAUGAUUUAAAGAGAAUUUAUUCAAUGUAAGUUAAUAUUGAGUUGUGUUUAUUUGAUUUUUAAAGGUAAAAUACGUUUUGACUGUUAUUAAAUAAUUUUACAGCUUUUAGAAAAAUUGACGAAGUGUCACAAGAUUAUUAGAAAAUUUUAUACUGUCAAAAGACGUGUUUUCAUACUUUAUAAAUUUUGUUAAAGAGUUUUUUCUCUUUAUACCGCUUUUUUAAAAGUUUGACGAAAUGUCACAAAAAUAUUGGAAAAGUGGACGAAGCGUCACAAAAUUAUUGGAAAAUUUUAUAUCGCCAGGACGUGUUUUGAGUCUUUAAAGAAUGUCAAAGUAACGUCAUUUUUUAACUCAUUUUGUAAUACGAACGAAAUGUCACAAAAAAUAUUGGAAGAUUGGACGAAGUGUCAAAAAACAUCUAACCAAUAUCUUUUUAGUCCGAGCAUCAAGAUCACAUUCAUGGUGAUGCAAUACGUUUCUUUUGCCACCUACUUCUUUCGAACCAGCUACCAAAAUCAUCCGGUCGGUCGAGUCUACUACGAACAGGUCAACUUCACCAAUGAUGUCAUGAGCAAGGUGUUUAUGCCAGGCAAUGACAAGUAUAUUUUCGAAAAAACAAUUGGACCUUUUUUUGAGAAUGGAAAAGACACAAUUUUCAACCAAUUUGAAGACAUUUUGUAGGUUUUUUGGAUUUUGCGUAUAACUUGUCACUCGCAGCCUGCGGGGUGAAAAAUGGUGGGAAAGCGGGGGUUUUAGGGGGUGGAAAGAAAGUUUUUGCUAUUUUUUGGUUUGUAAAGAAAUUUUUUGGCAUAUUUGAUUUUGUAAACAAAGUUUUUGCAAUUUCUCACUUUGUAAAGAAAGUUCUUGCUAUUUUUUGUUAUGUAAAGAAAGUUCUUGUCAUUUUAGCAAAUCAGAAGAGCAAGUUGUCGUUUCGAAGUUACUCAAGGAGAACUGGCUUCCACUUCUUCACGCUGUCGUCUUCUUGUUCACCAGCUGGAGCUUCUCGAUCGCCAUUGCUGUAGCCAAGCUGCCUGCGGCUAUUUUGAUCUCUUUUGGCUUUGGCUACUUGACUCUGUCAUUUAAGGUGGGAGUUUGCUAAUUUUUGGUACUGGAAAGAAAGUUCUUGCAAUUUUUUGUUUUGUAAAGAAAGUUCUUGCCAUUUUAUCACUUGUAAAGAAAGUUCUUGCUAUUUUCAGGGGCUGGCCUUUGCCAUCUUCCGAUCUGUGGUCAUUUUAACUUGUAUCGUUGUGAUCGCGGCUCCCCUCGGCUUACUGGAAGUGGCCUACAUUGUCUUGGCGCUAUUCGGCGUGGACUGGUUUUACAUGUUCUUGAUAACAGUCCUAGGAAAACACGUUUCUUGUGGACUCACGGUGAGGUUUUUGUAUGGAAUGUGGAUUUAAAUUUUUUUUUUGGUUUUUUUAAUUUUUGUAAAGAAAGUUCUUGCCGUUUUUUGUUUUGUAAAAAAACAUUUUGAAAAAAUCUUAAAAAGUUUAAAAAUCGUAAAGAAUGUUUUUGCAAAGCUGUAAAAAUGUCAUUUUCUAUCAUUGUAAACAAAUUUAUUGCCAAAAACAUAAUUUCUGCACUGUGCAGCGCCAUUUGCCUUCUUUGCACAGUGCGAAAACGCGAUCCCGUCCGAUCUGGCAAGUUAAGCAACGGUGCGCUUGAUUAUAAAAAGUUCGAGGAACACUGGGUGGAAACAAAGUUUAUGAGCAUUUUAAAGCAUGUCUACGAUAAAUAUUGUCAUUUUGUAAAUAUUGUCUGGUAUAUUUUGGCAUUUUUCUUAAAUUCAUUCUGCCAUUUCAGCUGAUGUGGAACUUGUUGUUGGAUAUUGGCUGGAAGAACGCUGCUGCCAUUUUGUCAUUCUUUCACUACCUACCCUUUGGUAACUAUGCUCUGGACAGCUUGAAGCCACUGGUCGAAAAGUACCAGAAACAAGGAUCAAGCUGGAUGAUGAAGGAAGAACCAGCACCAUUCCUGCCCUGGUACUUGUACAAUGGCUUGCUACUGAUGGUCGCAUUGCGUAUUCUGACGCUAUCCUGUCAACGUUUGGCCUUUAGAAGACAUUUGGUCAAGAAAUUCGAGGAGCAGAAUAAGAGAGCGCAGCCGCACAACAAGCAAGAUUGA